UUUUAAGAGAUAUUUACCAGCAACCCCAACAACAAACAAUUCAACAAAUAAAUAUUUAACUAAUUCAAAAUUAACUUCUAAUAAUUUUAAUUUAAUAUUACCACCUCAACAUUUACCAAUUCAAAGACAGGCUCACAGUUUGGAUGACAGAAAAUUUAAUAUAUUUUAUGAACCCAACAGUAAAGGGGGGAGGACUAAAAAUAAUAAACAAUUUUCUUCUUCACAUUUUUCUUCAUUUAUUCCGUUGAAAGAAAUGACGAGACAAAAUUUUGUAGAAAAUAAUCAAGAAUUUUUAUGUCGACAAGAAAUGAUGGAAAAAUUUAAAAAUCAGAAGGAGAGAAGGGAAAAAAAUAAAUUGGAAGAGGAGGAGAGAAAUGGAAGGAGUAAAAUUCUGACUGAAAAAAGACGAAAUGAAUGGCUAAACACAAAAAAUAUUUUAAUUAAUAAUUAUUCUCCUUCCCCUUCCCCUUCUCUUUAUUCUUCUAAUAAUUCAAUAAUUACAUCAAAAUCAUUAAAUAAUUUAAGUAGUAAUAAUUCAAGUACUUCAACAAUAACAACAUUACCAACUUUAGAAGAAAUAAAUAAAAAUAAAUAUUUUUUAAAUCAAAAAAUAAAUGAAGAAAAAAAUAUUUUUAAAAAGUUUUUUUUAAUUUUAAAUUAA